AUGGCGUGUCCUCACGUGAGCGGCAUUGCGGCCCUACUCAAGGCGGCGCAUCCCGAUUGGACUCCGGCGGCGCAUCCCGAUUGGACUCUGGCGGCGAUUCGUUCUGCUCUAAUGACGACGGCCAGCAAAACCGGCAACGACGGAAAGCCAAUUAUCGAUAUCUCUACUCCCCAGAUCAGGACCGUCGCGAGACGUGAUUUCACCUGCGAUCCGAAGAAGACGUACAGAAUCGCCGACUUAAACUACCCUUCAUUUGCCGUCAGAAUCAACCAUUCACUCAGUGAAGGCGGCGCGUACAAGUACACGUGCGUCGUAACGAGCGUGGAGGAGCCGGAAAGUCAACGAGAAAAAAUCAUACACGGUCACGUUCACCGUGAAUACGUCGAUGCCGUACAGUGGUCAGACGGACGACACGUGGUCAGAAACCCCGUGGCACUAAGCUGGCCAUAUUGA